UUAAGGGGGCCUAAGGGUGAUAAGGGCGACCGCGGUUACAUGGGACUCGGCGGUAUUCGAGGUUACCCCGGAUUUCCGGGUCCUAUUGGUUUGGAUGGUCCAAAAGGGGAUCCGGGCCGACCUGGAGAGAAGGGCCAAAAGGGCGAUAUUGGCAAUCCAAGGUUUGAUGUGUUCUCCACAGUAAAGGGACUUCAAGCCAAAGGCAUAAACGUUACUGCCGAAACUUUAGUAACGCUCAAAGGCGAACCUGGAGAGCCUGGUCCACCAGGACCAGCAGGACCUCCGGGAGCUGAAGGAUUACCAGGACAAGACGGUAGACCAGGACCGCCUGGCGAACAGGGUCCGCCAGGAGAAAGAGGUCUUCAGGGUGUUGCGGGUCCGCAAGGGCCUUCUGGUACACCAGGAUUGCCAGGACUUGCCGGUGAAAAGGGAGAUAAAGGCGACCGAGGUUUAACGACUACUUUGAAAGGUGACCAAUUCCCUACUGGUAUAAUUGAAGGUCCUCCUGGACCGCCUGGUGCCCCGGGGGUAGAAGGUGCGCGAGGUCCGAAAGGAGACGCGGGUCCUGAAGGGCCAACAGGGCCGGCCGGCGAGAAAGGGGCCCGUGGCAAACGCGGCAAACGGGUAACGUACAUUAAAAGUCUGGUAAUGAUCGGGUUUGAGAUGAUACAACUCGAUUCGGGAGCUAGGGGCUUGUUGUAA